UUGGGGUUGGUUGAUAUUUUUUCAGGGCAAAAGAAAAUAAUAACAGUGUCACGUGAGGUGAAGUGAAAAUAAGAUAAAUUAAAUAAAUAAUAAUGGGGUUUGAAAAUUUAACCACAAACGAAAUUAAAAGUAACUCUUGGUGGCCAUGGUGUGAUAUAUGGAGAGAACCUCAACACUUUCUUUAUCAAUUUGCAAACGUUUGUUUUGCUUUAGCUUAUGCUUCAACUUCUACAAAAAAAGGAGUUUUAUUUAUGCAUUGUUGGUUAAUUAUUGGUUUGAUGCUUUUUUCUACUUGGGCUUGGAAUGUUAUUUGUGCCCCAGAUGUUUUUACAUGGAAUUUCGCUUUUAUGUUAAUAAAUUUAGCACAAGUUUUCCAUAUUUUAUACCAAUUAAGACCUGUUAAAUUCGAUCCUGAAUUAGAAGAGGUUUAUCAUAGUUUAUUUGAACCGUUUAAAUUAUCUCGUUUACAAUUUAAACGUAUGGUAAGUCCAGAAUUUGCCCAAAUCAUGUCAUUACAUGCAGGCGAAGCUUACGCCGUUCAAAAUCUAACAAGAACCGACAGAUUAGGAUUAUUACUCUCAGGAAAAGUGAACGUUCUCUCCGAUAAUCAAUUCCUCCAUCCGAUUCUUCCAUGUGAAUUCUUAGAUUCCCCCGAAUUCGAGUCAAGUAGAAACACGGUUGACGAUAAAUUUAAAGUAUCUAUUGCAGCUGCAAGUACUUGUAGAUAUCUUUUUUGGCAAAGAUCGGCGUUGGAAUAUUUAUUCGUCAAAGAAACUUAUAUAGCAACGGUUUUAACAACGCUAAUUGCUAGGGAUAUAACAACGAAAUUAUAUACCAUGAAUAAUAAAAUUGUGACAGCUAAAGGAUCACAUUUGGAUAUUAGACUACCAAGUAUUACGUCGUCUUUAACGUCGUCUGCUGAGUAUAAAUCUCCUAUAAGGAUGAAAAAACCUAAUGGAAUGUGUCCAAUGUCACCAGAUUCAUUUUUGAGUGACACAAGCAGAGAGAAAUGUUACAAAUACAAAGAGAACGGUAACUGUUAUUUGAGUGAAAUGACUCCGUUAACAGAGCUGCCAUCGACAGACGAUUUGGCAUCGAAUGACGUCGAAAGUUGGUUGGAAACAAGUUCGAAAUAUCAUAGUUGUGAAAUUGUAGAUACAGAUUUCAAGUUGUUAGUACCCAAAGAAAAGAUGGAAAUAUACAUGAUACAAUCGCGAUUACAUCUACCCGAAGCAACGACAAUUAAACCGAAAUCGGUGGUUUCGACGACGAAAUUUCCAAACACAACGUUGGAAAAGGCGAAAAGAUCCACCACGACGGCUAAACCCGUAUUAAUGGGGUCCUCACAAGAUCCCUUUUUUGAUUACGGCCCGAACGCAACUGCGAAUUACAACAAUUUCAGUCUUCUGUUGGAAUCGAAUUACACGUUAUGGAACAACAGCGAGCUUUCGUUCAAUUUGACGAACGAUAGCUUUGUUAGCGCCGAUUACGAUUUUCGAACUUUCAACGUAACAACGCCGUCGCCAACAGUCGGAGGGACGUGCAAAGAAUGGACACCAGCCCAACACAACCUCUUCCAAACGGCAAACUUUUUCUUUGCGUUUGCCUUUAUCGUUCCUGGUAAAUUCAAACAAAGCGUACUUUUAGUUCGUGCUCUUUUAACCCUUGGUUACGUCUUCCUAACCUUUUGGGCGGCCGCCGAUGUUUGUUCACCGGACAUUUUACUAUGGAACUUGCUACUUGUGAUACUAAACUUAACGCACACGGUUUUGCUAACUUGGCGAUUCUUACCGCCAACACUCACGCUAGAAUUAACGGAAUUGUACCUCAAGGUGUUCAAACCACUUCGCGUAAGUAAGAAGCACUUUAAAGAAUUGGUCAGAGAAGCUCAAGUUAUCAAUUUGGAGAGGGGCGACAUUUAUGCUGUUGAAGAUGUAAGUCCUGCUGAUGAAAGACUGUCUAUAUUAUUAAAAGGAAAAUUAAGAGUUACAUGUGAUGAUACUCACCUUCAUUUCAUAACAACUCAUCAAUUUGUUGACUCGCCCGAAUGGGAAGCCAAUCACGAUCAAUCCGACGAUGUUUUUCAAGUAACCAUAACAGCCGAAGACGAUAGUGUCUAUUUAUGUUGGUCUCGAAUGAGAUUGGAACGAAUUUUGCGGCAUAAACCCAUGCUUAAAGUGGUUUUAGACUCGAUUAUUGGCAAAGAUAUAACUCAAAAAUUAUAUUCUUUGAACGAACACUUAACGGGUUUGGAGGACGACCGAAAAAGAGUUCGACAUGGUGAAAUAUGGGCUAGAGCUCACUCAAGAAGUAUGUCGAUGGAUGCUGUUAAUACAGGAACAACUGGUUUGGUUCGAUCGACAAAUUAUAAAAGUGCUUUACGUAAAUAUUCCUUAAAUUCCGCUCAAGAUAUUCAAUUUGGGUUUCAAAAUCAAUGCUGGAUACCAUUAACAGCACCUCAAUUUCCACCAACCUCACCGUUUAUGGGUUCUCAUCAACCGUUAAUUCAUCAAAGGCAAGAUUCGAUGUCGAGUUCUUUGAAACCGCCGACGCCGUCGAGGACGAAAUCAUUUCGGAAAGCAAGAGAAGUUAAAUUUCAAGGUGUUAAGUAGGUUUUUUAACUGGUCGAUUUUUUUAAUUUAUAAAUAUAGGCCUAAACAUAAUCGAAAAAGCAACUCCUAUAAUCGCCGAGAUUGAUUUUUAUAACAAAAAAUAUCACUAGAAGCACACAUAGCUUUACUAUAAUAUCUCUAGAAAUCACAAUGAACCGUAAAAGAAUUAGAAAUAAGCAAGGUGAACCACAUAAAAAAAUAAAUUAAUAAAAAACUUACUAACAAAAAAUAACCCAUAAUAAACAUUCAAAAAAAUAACUUAAAAAAUGAACCUAAACUAAAAUAUAAGCCAGUGCCUUACACCCCUUUAAAAACGAUUAAAGUGAUCUCACCUUGAUUAUUUCCAAAAAAAUUUUGAUUAAAAAGUAUUGAUUAGCUUCAAGUCAUAUCAAAUCAAAAAAAAAACUGAACCAAAACGAAAUAGUAAAGUGAAUUAAAAUAGUUAUUUGCCUACUCACAAAAUUAAAUCUAAAAAUUCAAAAUGAACCUACUCAGAUAACUCAGUAUUUAUCAAAAAGAAAUUUGUACCGCUUUAAAAAAAUAUUCCGCUGUAGAACGGCUGGCUUAUGAAUCGACCAAAUCAGUAAAGAGAAAAAAUAACUGUGCCUUUGGCCAUUUUUCCCUUCAACCUCUGUAAAUAUAAAAAAAAAAAGACGUCCCCGUCUUCCGAACGAAAUUAUUUUUCUACUCUUCCACUUUUUUCGGAAGGGUGAGACGUCGAAUUGAAAUCCCACUUAUAAUUUUAAUGAAUCACAACCCGUAUGAGACUCAUUAAAAAUAAAAUAUGUUACUAAAGUAGUGAAACGAAUAAUAAAUAAUUAGCUUUUUUUUAACAUAUUUUUUUUUGGGCCGUAAACAGUGACUUCCACCUAUCCGGUAAAAAAAAACGCUCGGUUUAAAUUUAAAUAAUAAUAAAAACACGCUAUCAGGAUAAUAUGAUUAUCAUUAUUAUUAUUACUAAUUGUAAUAGAGAGCCUUAACGUUGUACUGCGUACUGUAAAAGACAUAAAAAUAAACUAAACACUAAAGAUGAAUUAAAUUCGGUAAAAAAAAUAAGUUGAGGGAAAGAAAUAUUGAUUAUAUUAUUAUGAUAUUGCGAUUAGAACCGUAAAUGUUAUUGCAUGUUUAUAUGUGUUUAUAUUUGUAUAUUUAUAUCGAUGUUAAAUGUUUAUAAAGAUGACAAA